AUGGCGACGUCCAGUAACAAAAUCAAAGAUUGUGAAGUAUGCAGUACGGAUAAAGCAAUAUACACGUGUCCGAAAUGUGAGGUUAGGACUUGUUGUCUUCGGUGUGUAAACAUUCAUAAAAGAGAAUUAGAAUGCGAUGGUGUCCGAGAUAAAACAAAAUUUGUAACGUUACAAUCAUUUACGGAUUUGGACCUUUUGAGUGAUUACAGACUUCUUGAGGAAGUAGGUAGGACAGUUGAACAUUUAAAAAGAGAUCCAUUUAAAAAGUGUACACGUCAAAAUAGUUUACCAAUGCAUCUAAAAAGAUUAAAAACAGCUGCAUUUAAGAGGAAAAUUGCUUUACAAUUUAUGCCACAACAUUUUUCUAGACACAAAAGUAAUACAACUUUUUUAAACUGGAAAAGUAAUGAGUUAUAUUGGAGAAUAGAAUGGAUCUUUCCUCAAGCAGAGUGCACAAAAUGGGUAACAGAAAGGAGUUUAGAAUCUACAAGAUUAUCAUUACUUAUAGAGGAAAUUCUCGAUCCUGUUAAAUCAUUGGAAAAUAAAAAUAAUAUAGAAGAACUAAAUUUGAGAAUGAGUUUAAACGAUAGACUACAGUUUUACCAAGCAGCUGGCUUAUCUGGAGUAAAAGUACUUUUAAAAGCAGAAAAGAUUGCAAAGUCAGAUUUAAAGUUUUAUGAGUUGGACAUUACACUUACAUUAAUGGAGAAUUUAGAAAAUAAAGUUAUAAUAGAAUUUCCAGUAAUAUAUAUAGUUUUAAAGGACCAUUCAUAUAUGUAUGAAAUUAUAAAUACAGAUGAUGAGGAUGAUUCAAAAUGUAAAAUUAAUAACGAUAAUGUGCUUAAACGAAGAAAACGAACAUACAAUCAAAUGAAUAUUAAAGAAGAAAAAAGUUCAACUGUAAAUUAUUUCUUUAAUUCCGAAUUUUCGGAAUCAGAAGAGGAAGAAUUAAGUAAUAAUCAAAAGAGCGAUCAUUUAUCAAAUUUUUGUAUACCUAAUUACGAUGAAUUAGUUAAAAUGGAACAAUAA